CGUGUUCACAGACGUCUGAGUUUGUGGUUUUGUUGGUCCUGCAGGAUAAUGUACAGAGAGCUGAAGGACGCCGACAAAGAGAAGGAGAGCGGCAAGAUGGACGUGUGUGAGCACAGCAUCAGUAUAUCAGGAGGUCGUUCUGGAGGUCUGAGCCCGAGCUCGCUCUCGGCCAAUCAGAGCAGCGAGAUCUUGUGUGUUGCCCGGGAGAUGGCACAGGCGAAGGCAGGCUGCAGCCAGAACGCCUGCGGGGUGGAGGACGUCCUGCAGCUGCUGCGCAUCCUCUACAUCAUCGGAGGAGACGCAGCGUCCAACGCACGCACUCUGCAGGAGGAUUUCGACGAGCUGCAGUUCAACGCGUCUCCGGAGGAGUUCACCAGUAAGAAGAUCACAACCAAGAUCCUGCAGCAGAUCGAGGAGCCUCUGGCGCUGGCGAGCGGUGCUCUGCCCGACUGGUGUGAGCAGCUCACCUCUAAGUGUCCUUUCCUCAUCCCCUUUGAGACGCGACAGCUCUACUUCACCUGCACGGCGUUCGGAGCGUCCAGGGCCAUCGUGUGGCUCCAAAACCGGCGGGAGGCGACCAUGGAGCGCUCGCGGCCGUCCACCACGGUGCGGCGGGACGACCCCGGAGAGUUCAGGGUGGGUCGGCUCAAACACGAGCGAGUCAAAGUCCCCCGAGGAGAAGCCAUGAUGGAGUGGGCCGAGUCCGUCAUGCAGCUGCACGCCGACAGGAAGUCAGUGCUGGAG